CGGCAAUUUUUCCUCUUCUGCGGAACCUGACGAAUCGCGGUGACGACAACUCUGUCUCCGAAGAUCAGAUCGCUCUCUUCCCCUCCCGGCCAUGGAUUACGAAGGAGAGUUCGAGCACGAUGCUCCUCCGUCAUUCGACGGAAUGAAAAAUAUGGCUCAGGAUGUUGAAGUUAAGGGGUUCAACCCUGGAUUAAUUGUCCUACUUCUCGUUGGUGGUCUUCUACUAGCAUUCUUCGUAGGGAAUUUCUUGCUUUAUAGGUACGCACAAAAGGCUCUUCCCCCGAAGAAAAAGAAGCCAAUCUCCAAGAAGAAGAUGAAGAAGGAAAGACUGAGGCAAGGCGUCUCUGCACCCGGAGAAUAGAUGUAAUAGAUACAUAGAAAUAGUCCAUUUUAAUGUUGAGAUGCAGUGUCUUAAUCUGUCUGACAAACUUUUUUUCCCAGAGAUGGUUGCCUUUUGUUUAUGAACAAUGAAUGCCCUUUAUUCUUAUCCCAACUUGAAUUGAAGAUUUUAGUUUCUCUUGUGCUGGCUAAGUUAGCGUCAAAGAAUGUUGUUUGCUUUGUU